AUCGAUUCUCUCUGCUCGCUGCUAGAUGCCUGUGGCAGGACAGAUAGUCGAUGUCAGAUAGAAAUCAUCAUGGAGCAGCAGGCUGUGAGCGCUUUACAAGCGCAAGCUCUGAAAAGAAAAGAAAAGUUAAAAGCCCUCAGAGAACGACAGCUUCAAGGGAGGGAACAAGCAGAAGGAGAACCUGACUGCAAGAGAGCAGUACAAGCAGAAACAGAAGAAAGACACAGAGACCUGAAGCUGAGGAAUUACACUCCAGAAGAUGAAGAGCUAAAAGAAAGACAGGUGCCCAAAGCUAAACCUGCGUCAGUGGAGGAUAAAGUUAAAGACCAGCUGGAAGCCGCAAACCCAGAACCCAUUAUAGAGGAAGUGGAUCUGGCCAAUUUAGCUCCAAGGAAACCAGACUGGGAUCUGAAGAGAGAUGUUGCAAAAAAGCUGGAAAAACUGGAGAAAAGAACCCAGAAAGCCAUUGCUGAACUUAUCAGGGAGCGGCUGAAGGGGAGUGAAACGGAGCUGGCUGGUGCUGUUGGAGCAGUCGCUGUAGAAGAGGCAGAUUCAGACUGAGUUUCUUCUGGAGAAACACAUUCUGUAUCAUGCAAAUCCUUCUGGAAGACUUUCAGAAGAAAUUCAGCUUGCCACAUGAACUGGCAUGCUGAGCAUCAGAGUUCAGAUCUGGUCAGGUCAGGAGUUGACUGGAUGCUGUGUGUGUGUGUGUGUGUGUGUGUGUGUGUGUGUGUGUGUGUGUGAGAGAGAGAGAGACGGAGAAUGAAAGAAAAAUAUUGUGAUGAUGUACAAAGAUUUGUAUCUGGUAUCCCCAUCCUGAAAUUGGAAAAGAUUUCCACUCUUUCAUACUUAAAUAAAAUAUUUUUUUUUCUA